CAGGAGGUUCUCUACUCUCCGGGAGCAUGAGGGGGAAGAGACGGCGGCGCUGCUGCUGCUGCUGGCGGAGGUUUCGCGAGGCGAGGACGGAGCGCGGCUGAGCCGGCGGAGGCCGCCGAGCGGGGAGAGGAAGUGCGGGCCGCAAGGACGGGGAUUUUCUGACAUGUUGGCUGAGGAUGAAUUCCUGAGAUCGCCACCGAGGAAGACGGUCAGAUUCGGUGGUACUUUGGCAGAGAUCCUACUGAAAUAUCAACAGGGCAAGACCGCUGAGUUUGAUUUGCUGAAGCAUCAGCUGUUGGAUCCAGACAUAAAAGAUGAUCAGAUUAUUAACUGGCUCUCUGAAUUCCGGUCUUCUAUUACAUUUUUGACCAAGGAGUUUGAACAACUAAUUACCAUCCUGUUGAAAGUGCCAUGGUUGAGAAGAAGCCAGUCUGUGGUGGAAGAAUAUCUAGCUUUCCUGAGUAAUUUAGUGUCUGCUCAGACAAUCUAUCUUAGGCCAUGCCUGGCAAUGAUCGUCUCGCACUUUGUACCACCCCGAAUAACCAUCCGGGAGAAUGACGUGGACAUCUCCGAUUCAGACGAUGAUGAAAAUGUUGUCGAGAGCUUCACUACCUGCCACAGAGCAUUGCAGACAAUUGUGAAAUACGUCCCUCUGACGCCACAAUUUCUCAUGCCAGUGCUGGCUGAAAAAUUUCCCUUCGUUAAUAAAUCAGAAAGAACAUUACAAUGUUAUCUCCAUAAUUUGCUACGAAUAAGCGUAUAUAUCCCAGCGUUGAGGCAUGACAUUUUGGAGCUGGUUGUUGAGAAGCUGCUAAAAAUUGAUGUAAGUGCCCCAAGAAAAGAUAUUGAAGCUGCCGAAGAAGACGAAGAAGGAAGCAAUGAGAAGGGACUGUUCAACAUGGAUGAAGAUGCGGAGAAUCCAGAGAAGAGUGACGUGAUGGCUCACCCCAUUGCAGAGCGCCUCGACAUCUUGAUGAUUGUGAUGUUUUCCUACAUUAAAGAUGUCUGCUACGUUAACGGGAAAAUUGACGUUGGCAACACCAAAGACUUAUACCGAGACCUUGUGGCUAUAUUUGAUAAGCUGAUUUUAACCACCCACGGAUCAUGUCAUGUGCAGUUCAUCAUGUUCUACCUCUGUAGUUUCAGACUGAUAAUUGCAGAGGCUUUUCUGGAGCAUCUCUGGAAAAAACUACAGAAUCCAAAUGUUCCUCCUGUCAUCCGGCAAACCACUGGGAACUUCAUUGGCAGUUUUUUGGCACGGGCCAAGUUUAUUCCCAUUGUGACAGUGAAAGCCUGCUUAGAUCUCCUGGUUAGCUGGCUGCACACCUACAUCGACAACCAGGGCACGGGGUCCCGAGCAUUUUGUGAUGUUGCGCUCCACGGUCCGUUCUAUGCAGCCUGCCAGGCUGUGUUCUACAUAGUCAUCUUUCGCCACAAGCAGAUCCUGGAUGGAAACCUCAAGAAAGGUUUGGCCUACUUACAAAGCUUAAACUUUGAACGCAUCGUUCUGUGUCAGUUAAACCCUCUGAAGGUCUGCUUGCCAACCAUUGUGAGUCUCUUUGCUGCCCUGACCAGGAAGUACCAGGUGGCCUUCUGUGACACCAUCAUCGAGAGAAACCGGAGACAGACAGUGCCAGUUGUCCGAAGCAGCUGUGGAGGAGAGUCUGUUGAGACAGCCACAAACCCACUUGACAGUUUUUUCCCGUUCGAUCCUUACAUUCUUAAAAGGUCAAAGAACACAAUCAAUCCUUUGUAUCAGUUUUGGGAAGAGCAAAGUGCUGAGGACCUCAAAGAGACAGCAGAACCCAGUGAGGGCAAAGGUGAAGAGGAAGACGAUUUCUUGCAGGGUGAAACUCCCCAAAAUGAUGGCAUGAUCAGCGUGACGCCAAGCUCCUUCAACGCCCUUGUUCAGAAUUCAGAAACCAGUCUCGGAUCACCCAGUUGAACUGCAGCUGCAGCUCUGGUCUUUGGAAAAGAAAACGGAGAGCAAGGAUAUUUAUAUGCAUAAGAGACCCUUUGCAGGAGACGGGGGAACAGUUUUUAAAGGCUUCCUUUCUUGCAGUAAUUCAGAUAUCAAAACGGAAAGUUUGCAUCCCAGACAGGGUGAUGAUGUGAAACUUUUUGUACUUAUUUACUACAGAAAGCUGUUAAGUAUCAGAAGCAUUCAACUUUCACAUUACUUUUUUUUUUAUUUUCCUUUCGUGUUUCCCUGUUUUGGGACAGAUCCCCUCAGAUUAAACACAAGACUGUGAUUCCAGACAAUGGGAGUGCUGCAUGUUGCUGCCUAUGGAAUAAAAAGGCAA